AUGAUUGUUCAAUUGGUAAUACUGCUUCUUAUUACUUCUUUAAAAUCUGUUUCCGGUCAAGACGGUUUAACAGAAUUAAUUGAUAUUUAUUCGGAAAAUAUUACUUUAGAAUGGAAAGAUCUUCCUAUAUCUGUAUGUGAAAUUUCAACAACCACAAGUACUUCAUCUACAACUUCACCAAUAAAAUCUGAACUGCCAUUAUAUAAAUGUGCAGAUGAAACAUAUAUGGGUCUUUAUUGUAAUAUUACCAAUGAUGUAUGUGAACGAUACCAUCCAUGUUAUAACGAAGCUAUUUGUUACUCAAAUGGUACGAUUGAAUUACAAUAUAGUUGUGCAUGUAAAACGAAUGAAUUUUCUGGUUAUGAUUGUGAAAAUGACAAUAGAAUUUGUAAAAAUAAUACAUGUUUAAAUGGUGGAACAUGUUUUAUUAGAAAUAUAUCUAUUGCUAAUGAAACACCAUAUGUUUGUAUAUGUCCAGAUGGAUACACUGGAACACAUUGCGAAACAUUAAUUGAUAUGUGUUUUAACAUAACGUGUAAAAAUAAUGGUCUUUGUAUACGAUCUCGUUUAUCAUGGUCAUGUCGAUGUCUUAGUCCUACACUUUAUUCUGGCACAUAUUGUGAAGAAAUAAGUACAGCAUUGGAAGUAAAACAAAUUUUAAGUAAAUCAUUCGUAUCAGUAGCUAUUGCAGCAAUAACUGGAGUAUUUAUAUUUGUUGUUACAAUGGAUAUAUUAAAAUAUGUAUUUAAAAUUGAUCCAGUCGAUCGUGAACGACAAGCAAUGAAGGAAAAACAAGAAAAAAAACAAUUAGAAAAGAAGAAGAAGAAACAGAAGAAGAAACAUAAAUCUGUAAAAGUUUUACAUGAACCUUCUUUAAAACAAUGUCGUCUAUAUCCUAUGUAA